AUGGCUGGACGCGCUGGGGAGCUUACUUACCAAGCCGACAACAAGAGCAACGCGAGCAACGCGCGCGAGAGAGAGACGGAGGGGCAGAGAGGUGCAAGCAGGAGAGCCGAAGGUGAUGGCGAAGGCGAGGUAGAGAGACCGAAGCAGCAGCAAGAAGCAGGAGGAGGAGGAGAAGCAGAAGAUAAGCCGCGGAAGAGGCGGGCAGCAGAAGCCGCCUGCGCCGUCCGCUUUGCUGCAAGCUUCUUCCCAGAUUCCCGCCGGCCUUUCCCUUUUGGGCCGAGAGGCGCUGGGCAGGCUCGCUCACGUGAACCAGCCAGGGAAAGACGACGGACAGAGAGUGCCAGAGGAGAGCCAGAGGAGAGCCAGAGUGAUGAUGGCUGGGACGGCUGGGACGGCGAGGCCAGCCAGGGACAUGGACAUGGACGCCCUGCAGUGUCCACGCUGCUCUGCUCCGGCCCGAAGAGCAAGGCGGGCACAACGCAAGUCGAGUUCCAGCGCAAGAUGCCUCCUCGGAAGAAGGCUCCCAGCGUACGGAGUACGGAGUAG